UGAGGACCAUUUUAGAAAGAGAAAACACAAUGCCACAAGACCAAAUAGAUUUUCUAAUUGAAGGUAUAGACCUAAUUCUUAACAACAACUAUUUUUGGUUUAAAGAUGGUUUUUACCUACAGAAAAGAGGCACUGCUAUGGGCACCAGGUUUGCGCCCAGCUAUGCUAACCUCUAUAUGGCUGAAUGGGAGGAAAGAUAUAUAUGGAGGGG